AUGGCGGCAGGCUUCCUCCCCGAAAACACAAUCUCAUUCCUCCAGGACCAUGUCUUGUCCGACCAGACGCCCGUACAGAUCAUCUACCAGCAGCUUCUGAAGCUCACGCGUAGCUCUCUGGCCGGCGUUGUUGCCGCCCUUGCCCCCAUCGUCACGCCCAUCAUCGACAGACUGGUCGCAACUCUGAGCUCCAGUCCGGACUUUGUCUUCUUCGGCGCGCUCCUCUUUCUCAUCGUCGCCGCAAUCCAGAUCGCCCUCUUCAUUCAGCGCACGAUGCUCUACUUCACGCGUCUCUUCUUCCGCAUGCUCGGCUGGGCGCUCGUCAUCGCUGCCGUUGCUGCCGUCUGGCAGCGCGGGCCCGAAGCCACAGCCCGCGACGCUGUCGUGGUAGUCAGCAAACUCGCCGGCUACGCGUCGGUCGUCAGAGACAUCUGGUGGUCUGAAUAUCAGAAGUACGACGCGCAGACACGAGGCCAGACCGUCCCCGGCUGGUCUGGCGGCGCUGGCGCUGGCGGCCGGGCGUCAGCUGGCAGCGGAUACCGAUAUGGCAGCUCGCGGUAG